GUGACGCGCGCGCGUAGCGGCGGCGCGGCGGCACGUGACUACGUCUCGGCCGAACGCACAACAAGCGGCGAGAUCGCUCCCGGCUUUAAUCCUUCGCGCGUUUGCGCCUUCGCCUCGGCUUUAGAUUCACUGUCGAGGAGAGUUGUGUGUGUGUUUUUUUUAUUUUAAAUCACUCACGUUUUUGCGACGAUAAAAAAGUGAAAGUCCCGUCGGCGUUUUAGAGUAGGCCGCGCUUGAAGCCGCGGCCCGGCCUAGUUUCUCUGCGGACUGUAGGUGCCCCCCGUGCCCGGCGGAGAUGCAGCCCGCGGAGUCGCCUUAAGUGGCUUAAAGAGACGUUUUAAAUACAUUUAAUACGGCUGUUAUGUGGGGAGCUUGUGUCUAGCCGAGAAAUAACUGCACUAAUGGACGAAGCCGAGCUCGAAAGGCUUGCCAGGGAAGAGAUUCUACAAGAAGCAAAUCGGGGCAGAGUGCGAGCAGAGACUAUGGGAACUAUGGGCUGGCAAAAGUGCCCCCUGCCUGCCACCAACAAGCGCUUCUUGGUGAACACGCUACGCGGUGCACUGAUGCCCCCACGCAGCCGGGUAGCGUCCUCGUCAAGAGACCACGCCAGUCGUGAAGACACUUCCAGCCCACCUUCAAAAAGCCCUGUGCAGGGACACAAAGAGGAGAGCCAUGAUGACGGAGCAAGAGAGAAACAUUUAAAGGAGAAGACCAGGAGAAGUGGCGCUGUGAAUCCGGCGGACCGACCGGCACCCGGCCACGGCUCAGGCAUCAGUGGCGAGUCCUGAGCCCUGGGCGCUGCGACGUUCCCUGUCACCGAGACGCUCCUGCCGGCAUGCUGAGGUUUGGUGUAAACAAGAGCAGUGUCGGGAAGGCCGUUAUCCAAUAGUGGACUCACAAAGGUUUCAUUAUUAUUAUGUAUCGUUAUAUUAGAGCAGCGAUGGAAAACUCAAUGUCUCAGAUGGUAAGACAGAACCCAUUUGAAUACAUAUGUGGAGUGCUAUUGGCAAUAACAUCUGGUAAUCCAUCUGGUAAUCCCACAGUUUCAGAGUUUACUUCAGAAUCAGAAAUAUUUACUUAUACUGGAGGAAUCCGAUGAGCUAUCACGCUCUUUUUCACAGAUGUCCAGUCGGGGCGGACAAGAACGUUACAGCUUUGCUUGCUUGCUUAAACAAAUGACGCUUGAUGAUAUUGGUCUGGAAGGUCAAUAAGCCAAUGUGCUCAAGAAUGUUAUUUUGUAUGUAUAUGUGGAGACACACAGCGCUCCUCCUCUCCGCUUGCUUCACCCACGUAAUGCUGCACGACAACGCGUAAUGAGUUUGUGUAUCGCCGCAACAGAGCCCUUCCACGCCACCAGCCAACAAAACAAUGUAAUGCUCGUCAACAUUGCAAGUGAACGGCAGCUUGCGUGGAAAGACGGGCUGGUCACAUCUGCCAUGAGGCUUGACGUUGCCAAUCGCUGUGUGCAAACCAAUCACUCGUCGCUUUGGAGCGUGUUUGGUUGAAGCGUGUAGAGGCGGUAACCCUGUUCUGUCUCCACAUUGAGCAAAAAACAAUAACAUUUUUUUAGGUCGAACGCCACGCGGAGUUGGCUUGCUUAAAUGAAUGCCUCUGAAUAAUAUUCGUCUGGAAAGUCGAUAGGCUGAUGGACGAAACACGCUGUCGUUCACAUGGAGAGAGACACAAACGUAAAGUUAUGCCCAUAUAUGCUUUUACUAAUCACCGAUCGCCUCGGGAGAAAUCUGAGAAAACCAAACCAGCCGUGUGUAUGGAGCCCCCUCCAUAUCACGGGCAUCAUCCACGUGGCAGCCAGUGGUGGCGGUGUCGCUAACCCCAAGCUGCAGUGUGUGUGUGUACAGUGAAGAGCCCCUUGAGGCUAGCUCGGGCGGAUUGUACUCGUCUCCCGGAGGAUCAAAGGUGGCUGGCACCGUUGCUAUCUGCGAGCAAACCUUUCGCUCGGUCCACACCCUUUGAAAUGCACUGCCGCGACAAUAAGAUGGUGGGGGCAACCUCUGCACAUCAAACACACGACCUCUAUCAGAUCCCAACCUUGCUUGAAAGGAGGCACGAACUGUUCACCCUUUAGGAGGGACACGGGAAUUCACCCACCGACCCCCUCUCCUCCUAAACCCUGCCCUCCCAAUCUGUGACAAUGCUCGAAGAGAAAGAGAGUGGGCAAACAUACAAGUGAGCUUCAGACAGGAUGACCUCUUGUUGGCAUGCCCCUUUAAACAAGUGGCCUUUUCUCCCCCCUUACCAUCCUCAUUAUUAUUUGUAUCAGUUAUCUAUCGCGCCAUCUAUCUAAUUGUCGAGGCUAUUGUAUUGUUUAGAACGUAAAUAAUAAUCGCGUAAGUCAAGUGUUUUUUUCCCCCCCCCCCCUGCCCUUCUUGUUCUUGCCACCGUUACUAUAUUUAUCAGUUAUCUCUAGCUACAUCUAUCUAAUUAUCUAGCAUAUUGCAUUGUUGAGAACGUAAUUAAUAAUCACGUAAGUGAACGGCUAGUUGUGCCCGUCUGUAGCAGAAGUGUGCGAUAGAUUGACAAGUGGAUGCACUUUAAAAGAGCAAUCUUCUAAGCAGCGGUGUACAUUUCACUUAAUUAGUCUCUUACAACGCAGUGGAAUGUGUAAUCCUAUCAGGACAAUGGCCAAAACACAGGUGGGAUGUUUACAUGGCAUGAGACUCUCAUUUGGUUUCACUCAUAGUUGUUUCUCAGUCCACUGCUGGAUGAAGGCCUCCCCAAGCUCUAUGGUUCUUUCGGUAAAGUCACGGAGGUAAAAAUAAAA